ACACGAGUUACAGUGCGGGGUCUUGUGUUCCGAUCAGUACAUUGGAUUUGACUCAAAGACAGAGAUCGAUAAGUCAGUCUAAGUACCGAGCAGAGUACGGUUAACAUCCAAGAUGAAGCGAGCUGUAUUAGCUUUUGUAUGUGUGUUUGCUGUCUAUUCAAGUGUAGUUUCAGGACAGUGUGACCAAAGGGACAGAGAUGGUCCGCUUACUUGCUGUAUUGGAAGGAAUAGUACUUGUGCUGUAGAAAGAUACGACCUAAAGUCGGACGAUGGAAGACCAAGAAGAAAAGUUUGUUUCUGUGAUGCUUUUUGUGAACUGGCUGGUGAUUGUUGUCCAGACUUCGAACGCGUUAAAAAAGAAUGUAAAAUACAAGUUUACGCACAAGAAUGCGUCGUUUCGACAUGGUCCCGAUGGACAUCGUGCUCUCAUCGCUGUGGAGUCGGAAGACAAAAGCGUCAUCGUGAUGUCAUCGUAAAGCCUUCGCGAGACGGAGGAAAAACUUGUCCUCCUUUGAGACAGAGAAGAGGCUGUUUCCUAAAGCACUGUGGGGAUGCAGCAGGUAUGGCUCGCGUUUUGCCACGAAAAUUCAAACGAUUUCCAUCCAAAUAUGAGAAAAUCCUUCCAGCCAAGACAAAGCAGUUAUUCCAAGAAGAAAGAAAGAAGAGGCCAAGCUAUUGUGCGCACUUUAAGGUCGAGUCCAAGCACCCAUACUGUCAAGGAACCUGGGCCAAGAAUCUCGAUCUUGUAAAGCCAGUAUGUGUAGAAUGUCAAGAUUCGGUAAUGGAUGAUAAAGGUCAUUGUAAAGGUCACGGGGUCUUGGCCGAGCUGACGUCUUGGGACGCAGUUGAUAUAUACAGUUGCCAUGGUGAAUGGCGUAGGAUCAGCCCACUUAUUCCAAAUUGCAAAUGCAAUGACGAGGAGAAUUUCAACAACUUUAUCUUUGUAUAAACUCUAUCUACUAGGCUUAGACAUGAAUUAUAUACAGUAUAUGGCCGAAUCAAGAGAAACGUCACCUUUUGCCCGAAGAUCCCUCAUUUAUCUUUCUGUGAAGGAAUAUAUUCCUAACUGGUUUCAACCUUUUCUACAACAAGCUAAAUUUUUCACUUUUUAAACUCUCAAAGGUUUUCUUUGCAAGUUUCCAAAAGAGAACUUGCGUGCCGCAUCACCUGGCUUUUACACACUUUAAUAAUCUCAUUACUAGCAGACAUGAAAAAAGUUCAGCGGCUAAGAUGAAUUUAAACGUAUCUUUCACGAUCCGCAGCGUUUUAAAUUAUCCUGCAUGCGUUUGAGGUUUUGCAUUUUGUUGAUACUGUGAAACCUCUUCCUAUACGGGCACACCUAGAUAUCUCGGGCAGAUCUCUAUAUAGUCUUUUGUGAACGCAACACUCAGUAUCGCGGACAUUGCUUGUAUAGGGGAGGUUGUGUCAACAAGCAGGGUGAUGCAGUAUUUAUGCUAUUAUACGUUUUGUUAUUCGUCAGUGAAAUAUAUAUAUACAGUUAUGUCGGCUCACUGCAUUCUAGAAUAUCCUAUGUACAUUGAAUCUAUAGGCAAAUAAUAACAUACCUUAGUAGCUUGUAGCUUGUAGAUCGUUGAUUUACUUUUAAAGUAAUAAUUACAUUAGCUAAAAUAUGUUA